AUGGCCUCCUUCGGGUCACCCCGCACAGGGAGCUCGAGCUACGCAAGGCCGUGUCUGAGCAACCGACGGUCGCACUUCUCCAAGCCGGCGAGGACUUCCAGAAGUACAGAGGUGUCAUAUUCUAGGGGCCGUGCAGGAUGGAGAUCUACACACGAUCAUCGUCGUCGGGUACGCGACAACAGAACAAGGGGAAGACUAUUGGAUCCUGAGCUGAAGAACUCUUGGGGUGCAGAAAUGGGGAAAAACGGGUACUCGAGCAUGAAGCGCUUUGCUGGAAGCUACGGGCCUCGCCUUUGGGUACCCCAUACUCCUCGAGCACUAGUUACAAGAACAAUGUUCCAGUAA